GCUGUCCAUUGCACAAACUAGUGGACUCCGGGAGCUGGCCCUGCUCGUCCCCUGGGCCCUCCUUCCCUGGUCCUGCAGGCGUUGCUGCCUGUCAGGCCUCUCCUGCAACCCUCUGCCACAUUUCAGAAAAGCUGAGAACCCCUUGGAGUGAGAAAGGAGGAGAAACACAGCAACUGCAGCCAUGCAGGAGGUUAAAUAAAUACUUUCACUUCUCUUUUCCCCAUUUGGGCGGAGCCCUCUCUCAGUCAGUCUGUCGGCCGACUUCCUGCUUGGGGCCUGAGCAGCCACACUCCAGGCAAGCUGGGCUGACUGAGGGGCUCAGAGGCCAGGUUUGAGGCCCAGGGAGGGCCUAGGGUGGGAAGAUGGCAGGCGGGGACAGCGACCUGAGCACCCGGAGGCUGAAUGAAUGUAAUUCACCAAUAGCAAUUGAGACCAGCCAUCUUCCUACACACAGCCACAGUUUGCAAAGGAUGUUAACAGAAGACGAGGAUGUAGAUGAGAGGCUUCUCUGUGACACUCUAUUCAAGCACUUCAAAAGAUAUAAGGUGGAGAUUUCAAAUGCAAUAAAAAAGACAUUUCCAUUCCUUGAGGGCCUCCAUGACCGUGAACUCAUCACAGAUAAAAUGUUUGAAGAUUCUCAAGAUUCUUGUAGAAACCUGGUCCCUGUACAAAGAGUGGUGUACAAUGUCCUCAGUGAACUGGAGAAGACAUUUAACCUGUCAGUUCUGGAUGCGCUAUUCAGUGAUGUCAACUUGCAGGAAUACCCUGAUUUAAUUCACAUUUAUAAAAGCUUCGAAAAUGUGAUCCAAGACAAGUUGCGUUUACAAGAAAGUGAGGGAGAAGAGAGGGAGGAGAGGCCUGACAUGCAACUUAGUCUUGAACAAGGAACUGGUGAAAACCCUUUUCGAAGCCUGACCUGGACACGUUCGGGUUCCCCGUCUUACGAUGGUACAACCCCACCUGAAAACGGACUCCCAGAGCACCCCUGUGAAACAGAACAGAUACAUGCAAAGAGAAAAGAUACAACCAGUGACAAAAAUGAUGCACUAGGAAGCCAACAAACAAAUAAACAAUAUGCCCAAAAGGCUGAGCCAGCAGAGUCCUGCAAACGAGCCGCUGUCCAAGUGAAUAAUGGAGAUGCUGGAAGGGAGACGCCCAGCCCAUUGCCCUGUGAUGAAGAAAGGUCAGAGCUACUCAACCACGGAGUCCAAAUUAAUUCCUGUUCUGUGCGACUGGUGGAUAUAAAGAAGGAAAAGCCGUUUUUUAAUUCAAAAGUUGAGCGCCAAGCCAAAGCAAGGACUGAUCAUAACCAGGUGUCUGACAUAAUAGUCAUCAGCAGUGAGGACUCUGAAGGAUCCAGUGACGUUGAUGAGCCCGUAGAAGUCUGCAUCUCAGCACUGAAAAGUGAGCCUGUGGUCAAUAAUGACAACCCUUUAGAAUCAAGUGAGGAAGAGGAGGACCAACAAGCCACUUGCUCACGACCUCAGAUUGUAUCAGACCCCAUGGAUUUCAGAAAAUCGUCUAUAUUCAGAGAAAGCUCUAGGAAAAGAGUGAUAGGACAAGACCAUGACUCUUCAGAAUCCAGUGAGGAGGAGGAAAUUCCAAAAGUCUUAAUCAGGGCACUGCACGGCGAGAAGGAUCCUAUGACUUCUAGAAGUACAUCUACUUGGAGAAUAUACAACAAGAAGAGACGUUUCAGCAGCACUGACUUUUCAGAGCUGAGUAAUGGAGAAGAGCCCCAGGAAACCUGCAGCUCACCCCUAAGAAGUGGGUCAGGAUCAGAGCUACAAGAACCUGAAAAUGAGAAGUGCCCCUGUGUCAUGUGUUUUCCAAAAGGUGUGCCAAGAAGCCAAGAAGCAAGGCCUGAAAGUAGCCAAGCAUCUGGCAUGAUGGAUACCAUGGAUGUUGAAAACAAUUCUACUUUGGAAAAACACAGUGGGAAAAGAAGAAAAAAGAGAAGACACACAUUUAAAGCAAAUGGGCUCCAAAAAGGGAGAAAAAGAGGCAGACCUAGAAAACACUUAACUGGGAAAAACAAAGUCCUACAGACAAGACGGCAUCCAAAAGGAAGAAAAGCCAACACUAGACCUUUGAAAAGAAGAAGAAGAAGAGCUCCAAGAAUUCCCAGAGAUAAAAAUAUUGAUUUUGAACAACCUGAACUUCCUGUGACCUGUGGUAAGGUGAAGGGCACGCUACAUAAGGAGCGAUUCAAACAAGGAACCUCAAAGAAGUGUAUACAGACUGAGGAUAAAAGGUGGUUCACUCCCAGGGAAUUUGAAAUUAAAGGAGACCACAAAGCAUCCAAGAAUUGGAAGUUAAGCAUACGCUGUGGUGGAUACACCCUGAAAUCCCUGAUGGAGAGAAUACUGAAGUCUCACAACAAUACCUUAGUUGACCCUUGUCCGGGAAAUUCAAAUAUUUGUAAGGUGUGCAACAAAGGAGGAACGCUGUUUUGCUGUGACACUUGCCCACGAUCCUAUCAUGAACGCUGCCACAUCCCGCCUGUGGAAGCUAAUAAGGACCCGUGGAGUUGCAUCUUCUGCAGGAUAAAGGCUAUUCAGGAAAGAUGCCCAGAAAGCCAAGCAUGGCAUCAGGAAUCUGAAGUCCUGAUGAGGGAGAUGCUGCCCGAGGAGCAGUUGAAAUGUGAAUUCCUUCUCUUGAAGGUCUACUCUGAUUCAAAAAGCCCCUUUUUUGCCUCAAAACCAUAUUAUAACAGAGAGGGGUCUCGGGGCCCACAGAAGCCCAUGUGGUUAAACAAAGUCAAGAGAAGACUGAAUGAGCAGGUGUACUCCCGAGUGGAGGAGUUCGUGCAGGAUAUGCGUCUCAUCUUUCAUAAUCACAAGGAAUUUUACAGCGAAGAUAAAUUCAUCACACUGGGAAUUCAAGUACAGGACACCUUUGAGAAGAAUUUCAAAAACAUUUUUGCAAUUCAGGAAACAAGCAAGAACAUUAUAAUGUUCAUUUAGCUCAUUCUUAUCUCAUUCCUUCAGACCCUCCUGCAGCUAGCUACCCAGUGUGCUUGUGGUCCCACUAAACGGACUACUCCUGUGGAAACUCCACAUCACACUUCUUCUCCAAAGUUUUUCAUUGCCAUUUUAAAACAGUCUCAUCAGCUUUUAAUAAAAUUCAACACCCCUUCAUGUUAAAAAUUCUCAAUAAGCUGGGUAUUGAGGGAACAAAUAAUAAGAGCAUUUAUGACAAACCCACAGCCAACGUUAUACAAAUGCACAAAAGACAGAAGAGUUCCCCUUGAAAACAGGUACAAGAUGAGGAUUCCCUUUCUCACCGCUCCUAGUCAACAUUGUAUUGGAAGUCUUAGAGCAGCCAGGAAGCAGAAAGAAAUAAGGGCAUCCAAAUAGGCAAAGAGGAAGUCAAACUUUCCCUGUUUGCAGACAACAUUGAUUCUAUAGCUAGAAAGCCCCCAAGUCUCAGCCCAAAAGCUCCUUCAGCUGAUAAACAACUUCAGAGAAGUUUCAGGAUACAAAAUUAGUAUACAAAAAUUACUAGCGUUCCUAUACACCAACAACAGCCAAGCCAAGAGCCAAAUCAGGAGUGCGAUCCCAUUCACAAUUGCCAUAAAAAGAAUAAAACACCUAGGAAUACAGCUAACCUGAAAGGUAAAAGAUCUCUACAAUGAGAAUUACAAAACACUGCUCAAAGAAAUCGGAGAUGACACAAACAAAUGUAAAAACAUCCCAUGCUUAUGGGUAGAAAGAAUCAAUAUCAUUAAAAUGACCAUAUUGCCCAAAGCAGUUUACAGAUUCAAUGUUAUUCCUAUCAAACCACCAAUGACAUUCUUCACAGAACUAGAUAAAACUAUUUUAAAAUUCAUAUGGAACCAAAACAGAGCCCAAAUAGUCAAGGCAAUCCUAAGCAAAGAGAACAAAUCUGGAGGCAUCACAUUACCCAACUUCAAACUAUGUUACAGGGCUUCAGCAGCCAAAAUAGCAUGGUACUGGUACCAAAAAAAGGCACAUAGACCAAUGGAACCUGACGAAGAGCACAGAAAUAAGACCACACACCUACAAUCAUCUGAUCUUUGACAAAGUUGACAAAAACAAGCAAUGGGGAAAAGUCUCCCUAUUCUAUAAAUGGUGCUGCGAUAACUGGCUAGCCAUAUGUAGAAGAUUGAACCUGGACCUCUUCCCUACACUAUAUACAAAAAUCAACUCAAGAUCAAUUAAAGACUUAAAUGUAAAGCCCAAAACUAUAAAAUUCCUGGAAAAUAACCUAGGCACUACCAUCCUGGACAUAGAAACAGGCAAAUAUUUUAUGACAAAGACAAAAGCAAUCACAACAGAAGCAAAAAUUGACAAAUGGGAUCUAAUUAAACUUAAGAAAUUCUACACAGGAAAAGAAACUAUCAACAGAGUAACAGACAAUCUACAAAACGGGAUAAAAUAUUUGCAAACUACGCAUCUACAAAAGGUCUAAUAUCCAGCAUCUACAGGGAACUUAAACAAAUUUACAAGA